UGUCAACAAAAUGGCCUUCCUCAAUUGCUUUUCGAGGACCUACCAACUAUUUUUGUUUUGGUGAAUUAAUAGCGAAACUAGUUAAACAAAAGAGUCGACAUUUUUUUACACAUUAUUAAUCAACAUAUUACUGUGUGAUCACAGCAGACAUAUUUCGGUGUUGGUAAAACAAAACGAAUAUUGGGAUUGUUUUCCCCAUUACCGAGUUAGCUGACACAUGCUAACAGUCUACCUGCAAACCAUCAUCGACCUAAGCCUUUAUUUCUGAUGGUUUUAAAGAUCGACAACAAGAUUUUGAGGAUUGUUUGUCUACAUUUAACAGUAUAGCCACCUAUUGGUUAUAAAAAUUACGCUGUCGGAACCAAACCUGCGGAGUUUUGUUUUAAAAAGAACAAAAAAAUGAUACAGUCAUUUUCCUACUAUGGGAGUCAAUUGGGGGCAAGAUCUGGUUAUAAGCAUUCUUCAAAAUAUCUUUCUCUGUGUUCAUCAGAACAAAGAAAUUUAUACAGAUUUGGAACAACUCGAAGAUGGAGUAAUCUGUCCAACUGGAGACCUGAACCAUGAGAAUGAACGGUGAACUGAAAAGUAGCUGUCCAGCGUAGAGGCAGGUCUGCUCCCCAUGGGCUCACGAUGAACCGUGACACCUUUUCCCACAUCCGGCUGUGGUGCCCACGCCCUUUCGGCACCUACUCGCAGAAUAAGCCAUACAGCAAUGGUACAAUUUGCAGUGGAACAACUACACCACACUGUAAGGCUGACGAUGCUGGGCUCACAACCAUAGAGCCCAACGGAGUCGGUGAGGAGCAAGAUGAGGAUGUCGGCACUGAGAACACUCCACCAGACUCAUCUUCCACCCUGCUGGCUCCACCACUUCCUGCACCACCCAGUUCACAGAUGGAGGAUGGCAGGGUGCUGCUCGAUACGUGGUAUGUCAUCAAACCAGGCAACACCAAGGAAAAAAUCGCCUUCUUUGUAGCUCACCAAUGUAAUGGUGCUGGAAUUCCCAGACCUAGUGCCAUGAAAGUCAAGGGUAACUGGGCUACUGAUUGUACCAAGGCUAAGCGCCGUCGCCGUUGUUCCUCUUACGACCCUCCUGCUAAAUCUCAAAAUGUUGCUGUUGAUAUACCCAAUCCAGAAUCCAAUGUGGCAGAGGAUGGUGUUGGAGUUAGCGAGACAGAUCUGCUAUCUGUGGCGGAAAUGGUGGCCCUUGUAGAACAGCGUGCAGCGUUGGCUCUUCAAGGUAUGGUUGCUCAGGGACAGAACAGUCCUUAUACAGUUCAUCAGAAACCUGUUGUAAUUCUACCAGAACCCCACUCAUCUGCACCAGUUUCUCAAAGUGACUUUGAUGAGCAGCAGCUACAGCAGGAAUCCAGGCGCGUCGCUCAGGCUGUGGCACAUUUUGAGUCCUGGCAGCAAAACCUCGACAGUACAACUCUGCAGCCAGAACUCAACGGCUCAGCAAGAGAUUGCGGGGAUUCUGUCGGAGGUGCUCCAAGCCAUGGACGAGGGGAAGUACGCAUUGCUUUUCGUGUGUCAAGCCUGGACCCUCGAACCCAGUCUGAACCUGUCGGUCCAAAAUGCAUGUUUAUGAGUUGUGGGGUUGGGGGGAGCCAAGCAGCACCCAGGGGCAAAGAAAAGAUCACGUGUGACCUCUACCAGUUGGUUAGUCCCUCGUCUCGAGAUCCAGGUGCUCUCCUGUCUGGCUCACCAAAGGCUGAUCCCCACGGGGAAAGCAUCACCGACAGGCCUCCCUCCACAAUGUUGGAUCCUAACCAAGAGCCUGCCCUAGGAGAGAAGGCAGCGGUAGCUCGAGAAAGGGUGACUGGCUUCCACGUUGAGGUGGUGGUAACUGGUGCAGUAGACCAAUGUGUCUUUUAUGGGAAAGACAGCACAGAGAAUGUUCAAGAAGAGACUGUAUGCUUUGCAAUGCCCAUUGGGGCGAAUUCAAUGGAUGCCUCGGAGGACCCACCUCCUGGACAGCUGUUUUUUCUGCAGUCACCAGCUACUGAAGAUGAAAGUUGUUCAGGGGUUAACAACGGGAUGCGGUCCUUAGACUGUGCAAACAACAAUGGGCCUGUCGGGACUACGGUAGAGAGGCCAGACUCCCCACUGACUACUGUGGAUGAUUGUUCUGAUCCUCCGUUGUGCCGCCUCUACCGACACGUGUCCCACGACUUCCUCGAAAUUCGCUUUCAGAUCCAGCGACUUCUGGAACCACGGCAAUACAUGCUGUCGCUUCCAGACCACAUUAUGGUCAAUAUCUUCAGCUACCUGCCCACCCGUUCGUUAGCAGCCCUCAAGUGCACCUGCCACGACUUCAAGAACCUGAUCGAGACUUACGGCGUACGUGCCACAGACUCUCGGUGGAACCAGGACCCGCUGUACCGUGACGAUCCCUGCAAGCAGUGCAAGCGGCAGUACGAGCGGGGGGAUGUGUCGCUUUGCCGCUGGCACCCUAAACCUUACCACCACGACUUGCCUUACGGACGUUCCUACUGGAUGUGUUGCCGGCGCACAGAUAAGGACACGCCUGGCUGUCGAGUUGGGUUACAUGACAACAACUGGGUACAGCCAUGUGAGAUGGUUCAGUCUCGCGUCAAAAGAGACGAUGGGAGGUAAAGAACUUAGCCGGGGUAUUCUGAAUGGUCUCCCUGCUCUCACUCUACUGAAACCUCAUGCCACUGUACUAUUUAUGGUUGAGCUCGCCUCUCCUAUCUUAGCUUGUUAACCUUGCUAUCACCGUCAGUUUGGGUUCUUAUCAGUGCACCAUACUUCACAGUUCCAUCAUGUGCAAACCAGUGAUCUCAAAUAGAAAGCCGAUGCUGGUUAAAUGAUGUAGUCUGCUGCAUGGGACUAAUCUCAAAAUAUUCUUGUGAACUGGUUAGAAGUUCGUAUGGCUUGGCAAUCUUCUAAGACCAGCUCUGAAGCUGACCCCAACCUUGCAAAGAAACCGGAGGCUAGACACAGGACUUGUUAGUAUAUAUAACUUCAGGGGUUGUUGUCAAGUUUAAUUUGCUGUCUCUUUGGUCAGAAGCGUGCAAAAUGAUGUCACUUUACGAAUACCUGAUGUCACUUUGUAAUCAACGGUUUGAUUGCUUGUUAGAUUGUUCUCUGUUUUGUGUGUGGAUGUGAGCGAAUUCUUUCUUUUGGUUCAUCUUCAUUUCUCCUUUCCUUCGAAAUGAUUUAUGAAAUCAGUCUUUAUUUCUUGACCAAACCUUUUCUCUAGCUAUCUCUUUGCCUGCCAGGCUGUCUGUGUGCGUGUUGGCAAAGGCAACUUUUGCCAAAGCAGUAAUUAGCUUCAUGUGGCUGAAAGAACAGCGAACGACGAACAGGACAACUCAGCACCUGAUUCGGGCCUUAACCCUGUUCGUUCUGCUCAUUCCACCAGUUUGUGAAAUCUUACAGUACAUACAAAUACAUGGAUGCUGAUCCCUCUGGUUUUGGGAGACCGUUAUAGGUUUCACUGUUAAUCUGCUAUUGGGAGUCUUUGCCUCUAAAGUGAAUAAAAGUUAUUUAAAA